GCCUGCUCGGCACGCAGGAUUACGCAGUAACGCAAGUCUACAUUACGCACAGUGGCUCUGAUGGCUGCGCGGAGGAUGCGCGGAAGCUGAGGAGAGGAUGCGGACUCCGGUUCAUAGAGGCCUCAUACCCGGGUUGGUUGGCUUUAUACCCGGGUCGGUUGUCUGGCGACAACAAGAGAAAGAUGCGCUGUGGCGGAGCGGUUGUGGACGUCAGCCCAGCUGAGCAUGCCACUUUGAUCUGCUUCUUUCAUUUGUUUUUUGAUUAUUUCCAGGUCAAAUCUCGGUUUCCUGUGCGGCUUGUUUGUAGCUGCUAAAAAUGGCCGGAGAUGGCGGCGGACUGAAGGAUAUCAAUGAGAUUAAAUCACAGUUCCGAACUAGAGAGGGGUUCUACAAGCUGCUCACCCUCUCAGACUCUCAGCAGAGAGGAGGCCUGCCUCGGGGAGUGUCUGCGGGAACAACGCUGGGGCCAGUGGCGGGGGCCAUCCCUGGCGGAGGGGUCGGGCUGCUGCAGGGGCCAGGGACUACCGCGUCCUCUUCAAACGCCGGCGCAAGCUCGUCUCCAGCGGGCUUCCUGCCCCCUGUCAGGGUCUCCAUGGUCAAGCUGCAGCCCGAGGACCCCGGUGAGGAGUCCGAGCGGGUGUGCUUCAACAUCGGCCGGGAGCUCUACUUCUACACAUACACCAAUAUCAAGAAGGCUGUAGACCUGAGCAAGCCCAUUGACAAGCGCAUCUACAAAGGCACACAACCCACCUGCCACGACUUCAACCAGUACUCCGCCAGCGCAGACAGUGUGGCUCUCAUCGUGGGCUUCUCUGCGGGACAGGUGCAGUACCUGGACCCCAUCAAAAAGGAGACCAGUAAACUCUUCAAUGAGGAGAGGCUGAUAGACAAAUCCAAGGUCACCUGUCUCAAGUGGCUUCCGAAGUCUGAAAAUCUGUUCCUGGCGUCCCAUGCCAGUGGUCACCUGUACCUGUACAAUGUGGAUCACUCAUGUGGCACCACACCGCCCCAGUACUCUCUGCUGAGGCAGGGAGAGGGCUUUGCAGUCUAUGCCUGCAAGUCCAAGACCCCACGCAACCCUCUGCUUCGCUGGGCCGUGGGGGAGGGGGGUCUGAACGAGUUCUCCUUCUCCCCUGAUGGUGUGCAUGUGGCCUGUGUGGGGCAGGACGGCUGCCUGCGCGUCUUCCACUUUGACUCUAUGGAGCUGCAGGGGGUGAUGAAGAGCUACUUUGGAGGGCUCCUGUGCGUGUCCUGGAGUCCCGAUGGAAAGUACUUGGCUACGGGUGGAGAGGAUGACCUGGUGACCGUGUGGUCCUUCGCCGAGAGCCGCGUUGUAGCCCGGGGACACGGACAUAAGUCCUGGGUUAACGUAGUGGCAUUUGACCCCUUUACCACAUCCCUGGAGGAUGAGGAGCCCAUGGAGCUCAGCGGCAGUGAGGAGGACCUGCACCAGGGGACUCCCAACUCAUCCACCACGCAUUUUGGACGUGUUCGAACAAGCAGCACGCUGUCGCACCUGUCUCGCCACAGCUCCAGAGGAGGGGGCUCAGCGUCCGUCACCUACCGCUUUGGCUCUGUGGGACAGGACACUCAGUUCUGCCUGUGGGACCUCACAGACGACGUACUAUACCCACGCCUGCCCCUGUCCCGAGCCUUCACAAACACCUUCGGACCCUCACUGUCCAACUCGGGUAGUGGUGCGGUCAACAGCAUCUCCACAGGGGGUGGGGCUGGGGGUGUGGAGGGUCAUCACCACCCUCCCAACACCAACCCCCCCACACUGCCCCUACCACGCUCCCUGUCCCGCUCGAACUCUCUGCCCCAUCCUGCUGUGGCCAACGCCUCCAAGAGCCAGGGCAGCUCUGAGGGAGGGGUGUGUGGGGGUGGCAGUGGCAGUGGGGCUGGUAACUCCACCCCUUUCAGCAUCGGCCGCUUCGCCACACUGUCCCUACAAGAACGCAAGUCCGACAAGUCCAGUGUGGAGAAGGAGCACAAGCGCUACCAUAGCCUCGGCAACAUCAGCAAGAGCAACGAUAAGAUCAACGUGGCCCCCAGGAGCCAACGGCUGGAUGCGGCCAAGGUCCUGGGUACCACCCUGUGCCCACGCAUGCAUGAGGUACCCCUGCUUGAACCUCUGGUGUGUAAGAAGAUCGCCCACGAGAGGCUGACCGUCCUCGUCUUCAUGGACGACUGCAUCAUCACAGCCUGUCAGGAGGGCCUCAUCUGUACAUGGGCCCGGCCAGGGAAGAUGAACAUGACAGCACAAAAUGGGAGCUCUCCGAGUGGGACGGUGGUAUAGCUGAGGGACUUUCUAGGACUCCACUGGAACGCCACUGUCCCCUGGGUCCCCUGGGUUUCCUGGGGUGCCUCCCUGCACUGGAUAGAGGGCGGAUCAUUGCACUUGGACAUAAACAGACCACAUGUGGACUUAGAGCUGAUGUCUGUGCUGAGUUAGAAUGAGGGCUGCAACAGCCAAUUGUAAUUCAUCAAUUGAAAUAAUCACCACCCAUUCAGUCAUCAAUAACACUAGGUCCUGAGAGAAGAGCUCUUACUAACAACAAGAAUAAAACUGUACAAGGAAAAUAUGUCAGAUUUACCUUCUGUCUGUAAACUCUCUUUUAACUGUUCACAUUUUUAAAAGGAAAACAAUCGUAUAUUGUUGUACCUUUUUGUUAGCUGAUAAGGUUUAUAGAUAUCAAAGUCAUGUCACAUUUGAUCACAUUCCACACUUCAUCAUAAACUACUGUAGCCACGGGCACCCAGGGGCUGCCCAGGAGCUGCCCAGGAGCUGCCCAGGGGUCUGCCCAGGGGCUGUCCAGGGGCUGCCAAUCUGCGGCAACAUCUUCUAAACCCACCAAGCACUACUUAUUCCUUCACUCCGCGAAGAAAAAUGGUUGGUUGCAGCCCUGGUUGGUGAGGGAUAUUUGAAAUUUGUGUUUUUGUUUCUGAGAGAGUUUCUCGUGAGGGAGAAGAGACUUAAGCCCCACUCCAUCUUAUUUAUUUGAAAGAACUGUGUAGUAAUUUAUAUUGUAAAGUAACAAAGUAACUAAUAAAUACUCAAAAGACAUGCCACGUAUGGAAAUGUCAUGGAGAAACUGCAGAAAAAUGCAGGUGUGUGGGAGCAGUCCUCACUUUGCACAUCCAAACCCACAGUCCACAGAUGAUAUACUGGGAUCACCAUUGGAGGCAGCAUUCUUUAUUUGCGAUGAGACGUUGGACUCUUUGUUGAAAUGUUACGGGCUCUCUGGAACACUGCUGGAGACCACAAACUGGAGUCAUGGUCUUGGUUGAAAUGAAUUUGCUUUUGUUUCUUUCAGUGUCCAAUUCCAAAACGGCAAAUACUGCAACCUCAUCAUAAUAAGGAAUACAUCUAGAACAGAGGUUCUGCUGAAACACAAUAAAUGCGCA